CGUAGUGUAAUGCAUAAAUAUUUAGAAAAGAAAAACGAUGUGUCUUUUGACAAGAUCUUCCACCAAACUUUAGGCUAUUUAUUAUUUAAGGAAUUCUGCGAAAACUUAGAACCUCCUACUCCACAAAUUGGAUUUUAUGAACAGAUAAAGGAGUACGAAAAACUAGAAUCGCACGAAGAGAGGAAAGAAAAGGCUAAAGAAAUUUACGAUAAGUUUAUUAUGAAGGAACUCUUAGCCCGAACUCAUGAAUAUUCAGAAGAGUGCCUUCAGCAUGUUCAGCAGCAUCUUAUGCGGCAAGAAGUUCCAGUCACAUUAUUUGAACCUUAUAUAGAAGAAAUUUAUAACCAUCUCAGAGAGGAACCCUUCAAGCAAUUUUUAGAAAGUGAUAAAUAUAUUAGAUUUUUACAAUGGAAAAGUUUAGAAUUAAAUAUAAAGUUAUCGAUGAACGACUUCAGCGUGCAUCGGAUCAUCGGCCGCGGCGGCUUCGGCGAGGUGUACGGCUGUCGGAAGGCCGACACCGGCAAAAUGUACGCCAUGAAGUGUCUGGACAAGAAGCGGAUCAAGAUGAAGCAGGGCGAGACGCUGGCGCUGAACGAGCGCAUCAUGCUGAGCCUCGUCUCGACGGGACAGGACUGUCCGUUCAUUGUGUGUAUGACGUACGCGUUUCACACGCCCGACAAACUCUGCUUUAUUUUGGACCUAAUGAACGGCGGCGAUUUGCACUACCACCUGAGUCAGCACGGCGUCUUUACCGAGCAGGAGAUGCGGUUUUACGCUUCCGAGGUGAUUUUGGGCCUAGAACACAUGCACCGAAGAUACAUAGUCUAUAGAGAUCUAAAACCCGCCAAUAUCCUAUUGGAUGAACACGGACACGUCCGAAUUUCUGACUUGGGAUUAGCCUGUGAUUUUAGUAAGAAAAAGCCCCAUGCCAGUGUAGGUACUCACGGCUAUAUGGCACCUGAAGUAUUAUCUAAGGGAACCCCAUACGACUCUUCAGCUGACUGGUUUAGUUUUGGCUGUAUGCUCUACAAAUUGCUCAAAGGUCACUCCCCAUUCCGCCAACACAAGACAAAAGACAAGCAUGAAAUCGACCGCAUGACCUUAACAAUGAACAUAAUAUUACCAGAUUCUUUUUCAAGUGAUUUAAAAUCGUUACUGGAAGGUUUAUUGCAGAGGGAUGUAGAUAAAAGGUUAGGAUGUCGGGGGAGGGGGGCCGAUGAAGUAAAGGAGCACUCUUUCUUCGGUGGUUUGGACUGGAGUCAAGUUUACAACCAAAAAUAUAACCCUCCAUUAGUACCUCCGCGAGGAGAAGUAAAUGCCGCGGAUGCUUUUGAUAUAGGAUCGUUUGACGAGGAAGAUACCAAAGGCAUAAAGCUUACAGACGCAGACCAAGAACUUUACAAGAACUUCCCUCUGGUUAUAUCAGAAAGGUGGCAGAAUGAAGUGGCUGAAACAGUGUUCGAGUCUGUCAAUCAGGAAGCCGAUAAAAACGAAAGGAAAAAGCCCAAACAGAAAAAGCUAUAUGAUGAUGAAAAAGAAUCAGAUUGUAUAUUGCACGGCUACAUUAAAAGGUUAGGUGGUCCGUGGACGGCUUCCUGGCAGUUAAGAUACGCCAAAUUAUAUCCUAAUAGGCUAGAACUCUACCCCGAAGGUUCCAGGCCGGAAAUGGUCCUAAUGGACCAAAUAGAAGAAAUAGGUCCUGACCUUCAAAGUGUGAAAAAUGAAAGUUGUAUAGUAUUAAGAAUGCAUACAUUAAAGGACGGCAAAAAAGAAAAAAUCACCCUCACAAAUCCAGAUGAAAUUGGCCUUAAAGAAUGGUUGCAGUCAUUGCGGUCGGCGCAUAAAUUAAGUCAAGAACUAUUAGGUUCGAUGGCCAAAAAGGCGGGGAAGAUAUACGGUACUGAUAGUACAAAUAACAAACAUGCUAUAAUAGCGAAAAAUGCCAAUGGAAACUGAAAUAUAGCGAAUUUAGAGGUAAUCAAACUACAAAAGCACAACAAAGCCGGACCUCAAACAGGAUGGAGACCGUUAGAUAAGGAUCAGGUCAUUUAGAAAAUGUGAUAGAUAAUGAGGGAAGAAUUUGAAUGUCGGUACAUAAUUUUCCAAAAUAAAAAUAAGAAUAAAACAGUAUUUUUAGAAAACGCUAUAAUAAUAUGUGUCUAUAAUACAUUAGACAAGUCAAACUUUCCAUAGAAUCGUUCGAGUUAAAGCUGGAGGUGAAAUGGGAAAGACUUCCAAACAUUUUCUAUACAAUUUCGGUUACUAAUUUGUCAUUUUUAGCGCGAAAACAUCUAGGUAGUAUCUUGAAAUAAAUUGUGAGUUUGUAGUACGUUAAAUUAGGAUUUAUUUUAUAUUAAAAGACUGUCAACAAUCAAACUGUAAUAUAAAAAUGCUUUUUUAUGUGUCAAAAAAAAUGGAAAACCAAGUAAAUUGUCUCAGUAUUAAAGACGUUCUUUGCAAUCUAAUAAUAAUGCAUCAUUUCUUGUCUUGUCUAUUUCAGUAGACACGUGAAAGGUCGUAGAAAAACUCUUAAAAAUAUUUAAUGUAAAAAGGCGAAAACUAUAAUUUUUCUAGUUCGUAACUUCCCUCGAGAUAAAAAAUAAACAUAGGGUAGACGCGCCACUGACUGUUUUUUCAUGACAAUUUUGUCAGUAUUUAUAAUGUAAACUGUAUCUAUAGUGUAUUUAUUAAUUUAUAAUGUUAAUGUAUCAUUCUAAUAAGUUAUGUUUAUGCGGGGAUAACCACAACAAAUAAACUGUAUGCAACAUAACUUACAACAGAUAAUCUAUAGACUGAGAAUAAAAAA